UAGAAGGAAAGAAAAAUGGCGAAUCUCGUGGAGGCAACGACCCAGCAGCAGUUUGAAGAUUUCUUAGCCAAAGCAGGAAAAUGCCUGACCGUGGUGCAUUUUCAGGCGGCGUGGGCUUCUCAGUGCGAGCAGAUGAACGGAGUGAUGGCGGAGCUGGCGAAGGAACACGGUCACACCACGUUUGUGAAGCUAGAGGCGGAAGAGGUGCCUGAGGUGUCGGAGAAGUAUGAAAUAACCGCCGUUCCCACUUUCCUUUUCUUCAAGGGAGGGGAGAAAGUUGAUCGUCUGGACGGGGCUAACGCUCCGGAGCUGACUAAGAAGGUAGCCCGCUUGGCAGUCACUGGUAGCCCGGGUGGAGCGGCAGAAAAUAGCGUCACAGAUUUGAACCAGCGGCUGAAGAAGCUUAUCAACGCGGCUCCAUGCAUGCUUUUCAUGAAAGGCUCCCCACAGGAGCCUCGCUGCGGCUUCAGCAGACAGAUAGUGGCUCUCCUCAAGACGCACAACAUCCAAUUCGGCAGCUUUGACAUCCUGUCCGAUGAGGAGGUCCGACAGGGGCUGAAGACCUACUCAAACUGGCCUACCUAUCCUCAGCUGUAUGCCAAUGGAGAGCUGGUGGGAGGACUGGACAUAGUGAAGGAGCUGGCUGAGUCUGGAGAGCUGGAGAACACCUGCCCGAAGGCUGUGACCCUGGAGCACCGCCUGAAGACCCUCAUCAACCAGAGCCCGGUGAUGCUGUUCAUGAAGGGCAACAAGGAGGCCGCAAGAUGUGGCUUCAGCAGGCAGACACUGGAGCUUUUAAACGAAACCAAGGUGGAUUAUGACACCUUUGAUAUUCUGCAGGAUGAAGAGGUGCGUCAAGGGCUCAAGACUUAUUCUAACUGGCCAACCUACCCCCAGCUCUACGUGAAAGGAGAACUGAUCGGAGGUUUGGACAUACUGAAGGAGCUAAAGGAGAGCGGAGACCUGGUGUCAGUGCUGAAGGGGGAGUCGUAGAUGGAUGUGCCAUCAGAGAGGGGGAACAAGGAGCUACUGCACACGCCUCGACCAACACUGCUGUCACCAGGGAUAAGAUGUUAAAGAACAAAAAUAUAUGAGAUUACAGUUAAUAAUUCACUUUAAAUCCACUAUUGUAGCACUUAGGCUCAUUUAAAGUCCAAACUGUUAACAACAAAGACCGGCUUUGGAUUGCACCAGAGUGAUGUUAACUGAAAAUAGAUAAGAAUACAAUAAAAGGCAUUUAAAUUUAAUAAAUCUAUGCCAGACAUCCUUUUAUAAAGCCCUCUCUGACUUUAGAACCAUACUUUUAAUACAAAAAGCUCAAGCUUUUUAUUGUUUGCAUUACGGGUUGCAUUUUUCUUCCAUAACAGCCUUCCAUAUUUUAUUGAGUGAAAUAUUAUUUUCCACCUGGAUCUGCCUCAACUUUGUAUGCCCUCAUGUCAAGGUGUUGGCCCUGUAAAGACAGAGAAACAGUAUUUAGCUUUAUCCAAAGUCCCUCUAGUUUACAUACGUCUAACAAAUUCUGUGAGGCACUAAAUGAUACUUUGUUCAUCAUUAACAUGAUUAAACUACCAAGAAAAAGCA